CAUUCUCUUCCCUCCAUAGAUUUCUGAUCCUAACGAGGUGUACACCGGCAAACGUGUGGCCGACAAACCGCUGACCGAAGAUCAAAUGAUCGGCGAGACACUGGCCAUUGUCUUGGGCGACACAAAGGUCUGGUCGGCUGCCAUGUUUUGGGAACGCAACAAAUUCACCAACCGCACCUAUUUUGCACCAUACGCGUACAAAACCGAAUUGAAUACACGCAAAUUUAAAGUCGAAGACUUAGCACGUCUGAACAAAACGCACGAAAUAUAUACGGAGAAGAAGUAUUUCAAGUUUUUGAAACAACGUUGGUCCGCCAACUUUGAUGACCUAGAAACGUUCUAUAUGAAAAUGAAGUUGCGUCACAACGAAACAGGUGAAUAUAUGCAAAAAUACGAACACUACCCGAAUUCGUAUCGUGCGGCAAACCUGAAGCACGGCUUUUGGACACAACCGCAAUUCGAUUGUGAUGGCUAUGUGAAGAAGUGGCUCGUGACCUAUGCGGCACCCUUUUUUGGCUGGGAUAGCCUUAAAGUGAAACUGGAAUUCAAGGGUGUGGUUGCCGUUUCGAUGGAUAUGUUGCAAUUGGACAUUAAUCAGUGCCCCGAUUGGUUCUUUGAACCCAACGCUUUCAAAAACACGCACAAAUGUGAUGACCGAACGUCAUAUUGUGUACCCAUUAUGGGUCGUGGCUAUGAAACAGGUGGUUACAAAUGUGAAUGUCUACAAGGCUACGAAUACCCCUUCGAAGAUCCGAUCACCUACUACGACGGUCAACUGGUAGAAGCUGAAUACCAAAACAUCGUAGCCGAUCAGCAAUCACGUUACGAUACAUUCCACUGCCGUUUGGCUGGCGCGCCUGGAUUGCAAGCCGCCAUCUCGCUAAUCGUAUCACUGCUUGGGUUAACGUUAAUAUUAAUGUAUAAGUUCAGGUGAAGAAACUGUAGCACAUGCGGUGGCGGCGGCAGCGGUGGCAUUUUACAAACAAGUGCCUGAAUCGCUCGUCACAGUAACAAACAAUCAAUACGUCCAUUUUCGUUUAAGUACUACAUAGUAUGUAAGUAAGAGUAUUUGAUAGCUAAAAAAGUGCAUAUAAUCAACCAUAGAAUUAUCUCUUCUGCACAAGAAGUGUGAAUGCCAAGAUAUACAUCCAUAUAUAACUAUAUACAUAUGUAUAUACAUACAUAAGGAAAUGCGUAUGUAGAAUAUUUUUAUAAGCUACCAAGAAUCUCAAAUAACAAAAAAAAACACACACUGCAAAAACAUUCCUUCCGUUCAUCCUGCCAACAACAGUAUUUGCAAAUAAUAAGCGAAAUAUUUACUAUCAAAGGCUGCGGUAUGAGCAGCAGCAACGUCGCUAACAACAACAACAUCAAUAGCAAUACAAUGGGGAAACGUGAGGAGUGCUGAGAAACAGUGUCAUCAUUUAUCCAAGGCGAUUAAGUUGUAGACAUAAUCUAUUACAAUGCAUCUAGUUAUUUGUCAUUUGUUGUAUAGCACAGCAGCGAGAUGAGGAGCAGAAAGUAAUCGACAGGCAACAAGCAGUGGUAUAAUCGCAGAAGAAAAGCGCAAACGUGCGUUAAGCAAGCAGCAACUUCAGCUUCGAAUUCCGCCUUCAGAGCUCAUAUUACCAUCAAUAGAAGGCACGAAAAUGCAAACGGGUAAAGCAUUUGAGAAACUACAAAAUUGGCAGAGUUCGCUGAGCGCAAAUUUAACAAAAACACUUUGGCAUAGCAAAAGCGACAAAGUUCGCAAUAAAAGAAAACCUGUUCAAUCAAAAGCCAAAUAAACUAGCUUUCUUGUGUCUCUCUACCACACGCUUACUACAACAUCUCGCGACUAAUUCUCGCUUCUUCUUUUGAGCAGCUGAGCUCAAAGAGAGUACAUUUAGAAACAUAAGCGCCUUGAAAGGGUAGAAAAUAUGGCCACUGUGCCGAGUCUCAAUUGAAAACUCUCAGUCUUUAUUUGGCCAUGCCAUUCAAAGUUGUGGUCGCAAAGUCUUAGACAUUCAGAGGCGAUCAAAGCUGAGUGUGCCCAUUGUUGUUGUUGCUGUUGUUAGUGUUGGCUUGCUGUCAGCCUUACACCCUUCUUUCUAUGAACUGUCCACACAACGAGAUGCGCUUACUGGCAUGCCAAAUCGCCGGGUCGUCCAUGCGCAUGUCCGUCUGCGUGUAUGCCUUGUACCUUAGACGCUUUUUAAGGUGUGCGUGUGUGUUUUUUACAUAUGCCCUCCUGUGCUGUCUGAUUCGCUGAUGUGUACUUUUUAUGCGCCUCUUUCCUUGUUUUUGUAUUUUUCAUUAUUUUUUGCAUGAAUUAAAAUUUUUUCAUAGUUGAUUAUCAAAUGUGCCUGAAUUUUUAUUAUCUUCAAUUGCACCCUGAGAACCUUUUUUCCUCUGCCGCCAGUAGUGGCGAUUAUGCCUAGCAAAAAAACCAGUUCAACACUUGGUCCGGCAAAAACGCCGUUACUUUUUUGAAUCGGCAAAAAAUAUAGCGCAUAUAGCGUUUUUGAGUAACUUUGAUAUCAAAAAAUAUUUACGGAAGAAAAAAAAAACCCAGAGACGAUGCGCAUGAUUUAGGCUUCGCAGUCGUCCUUCGCAGUGGUCAAAGUUUUUGCAGCAAAAUAUUUUCACACAUUUUUCAUAUUUAGCGCUCGGUGAUUGACCACUAGAAGGAAGAGCGUCGUGUUCGCUGCCUAAUCGGCAGUCAGGGAGGGAGGCAGACAAGCAGGCAGGCAGCCAGACAGGCAGGACGGUGAUAGGUUUGCAUAGCAAACGAGUGGUACCUCCUCCUGCUGCUUUUAUUUUUUAUUACACUCCAUUUUAUGAUUAGUUUUUGCACCGCUUUCUGCUAAGAUGCGCUUCGUGGUCUAUUGUAUUCGCGCCACCAACGUGCGGCGUAUGGCUCACAGCUGUGCGCUGCUUUGCAAUACGGACCAAUAUGAAGAUAAUAAUAAUAUCUGCACCAGUUUUUGUAGUUGUUGGCUUUGAUGAAAAAACGGGUUUUGAGUUUUUUAUGAACUUUAUUAGUCUUUUGUAUUU